GGCCCGGCGUGCCAGUGGAAGCCAUGGGGCUGGUGGUGCACAUCCUCGCCUGCUUCCUGGGCACAGGCUCGUGGGUGGCCAUCAAUGGCAUGUGGGUGGAGCUGCCCCUCAUUGUGCCCCAGGUGCCGGAAGGCUGGUACCUGCCAUCCUACCUCACGGUGCUGAUCCAGUUUGCCAAUGUGGGACCACUCUUCGUCACCCUCAUGCACCACUUCCAGCCUGGGCAGCUCAGCGAGGCCGGCACCAUCUACACCAUCAUCAGCCUCGGGGCACUGGCCUGUGUCCUGCUGGCCUUCUUCUGGCAGGAGACCAGCGUGGUGGGGGGCGCAGCCCACAGCACCGCCCUCCUCAUCCUCCUCUUCUUCCUCUCCCUGGUGGACUGUACCUCCUCCGUCACCUUCCUGCCCUUCAUGCUGCGGUUCCGGGCCCGGUAUCUGACCACCUACUUUGUGGGUGAGGGGCUGAGCGGCCUGGUGCCCGGCCUGGUAGCCCUGGCCCAGGGGGUGGGGGUGGCCCGGUGCGUGAACGACAGCCUGGCAGGGAACGCAUCGGGCCCGGGACUGCGGACGGAGUACCAGCCGGCCAGGUUCUCCGUUCGCCUCUUCUUCCUCUUCCUCGGCGGCAUGAUGGGUCUGUGCCUUGCCACCUUCUUCCUGCUCAACCAUCUCCCGGCUGCCCGGCAGGAGCGGGCCAAGGAGCGGUUCCGGGCCCAGGCCCGGGUGGAGGCAGGCUCGGGCCUGCAGGCCGUGGUGGAGGAGCAGCCCAUGGUCAGCCCCAGCGAGAGCCGCUGGCUCAACAGCUGCUUCGGCACUGGCACGUACUCCUGGCCCCAAGUGGCCUACAUCUUCCUGGUGCUGGCCUGGGUCAAUGCGCUGACCAACGCGGUGCUGCCCGCGGUGCAGUCCUACUCCUGCCUGCCUUAUGGCAACUCAGCCUACCACCUCUCGGCCACGCUGGCCGCCAUGGCCAACCCACUGGCCUGCUUCAUCGGCAUGUUCCUGCCCAACAGGUGUUUGCUGACGCUCGGCCUCCUGUCCGUGGCUGGCUCCGGGUUUGGCUGCUACCUCAUGGCCAUGGCGGUGCUGAGCCCGUGCCCGCCCCUGCUGCACAGCCACGCCGGGGUGGUGCUCAUCGUGCUGUGCUGGGUUCUCUUUGUGGGCUUGCUGUCCUACGUGAAGCUGAUGAUUGGUGUGAUCCUGCGGGACGAGGGGCACAGUGCUCUGGUGUGGUGCGGGGCCGUGGUGCAGCUGGGCUCCAUGCUGGGGGCCCUCACCAUGUUCCCGCUGGUCAGCGUCUACAGCCUCUUCCACUCCGGAGACCCCUGCAACACCCACUGCCCCAACUGAGCUGCGCAGACUCGCCGCGGCCUCCAGCCCGGGGGACAACAUGGGUUCAGCUUCAGCGCUCAUUCGCAGGCCCAGACGGGGCUUCCCCAGGAACACUCUUCCUACUGGCACAGCACCACCGCCCUCUGCUGGAUGAACUGCACCAGCCAGCAUCAUCAGCCCUAUACUGCUGUCAGCUACUGGUGAUUCUCCAUUAGCUCAAGUCAGUGGGGCCUGGGCUGAGGAGCUGGAGUUUUUGACCUCUGUACUGGCUGUCACUGCGAUUCAGGGAGUGGCCAGUGUGCAGUGCUGGGAUAACUCGCAUGGCCUAGAAAGCCACAGAUGUGUUUGUUCCCCUCAGGUUAUUACACUGUACCCACCACCCUGGCAUCCUCUCCCCCUGGGGACAAUUCUAAGCACUGAGCAAGAACUGCUCCAUUAACCCCCUGGUAGAUCAGGAUUAUGCCCAUUUUACACAUGGGGAAACUGAGGGACUGGGAGGGGAAGGGACUUGCCCAAGGUCACCUAGCAAGUCAGUGGCUGAGAUGGGAAUAGAACCCAGGAGUCCUGCCACCCACUGCUGUGCAGGAUGACAGGAGCAGCCCAGUGCCUUCAGAGAUCCCCAUCACCUGGGUACCAGAACGUGUCACCGGGCUGCACUCGGUCAGCUGAUGAGCUGCCUGGUAAAAGCUGCUCCAAGGAACAACUCCCGCUUCCCCCAGGGGGUUUGAAACAUCAGAGCCAGGAUGGGCUGGGACCAGCUGUGCUGCCACAGCAGGUAAGGGCUGGACCCUGCUUCCCAGCCCGCCGCCCUCCCUCAGCCUGUCCUGAAAUGGACAGUGGGGCCUGGCCUCCCUGCUUAGACUAAAGGUCACCAGGUGUGAUGUGUAUGAAACCCAUUGGUCAGGGUGUUUGUCCCCUCUAGCGGCUGGGCCACAGAGGAUAAGAGCCUACUACUGCUGCAGCAGCCCAUGACCAGAGUGACUCCUCUAGCUGAGACAGCAAAAUUCUGUGCUGUGAAACCAAAAGGCCCCAGUUCUAAUCCUACUGUCUAUGUGUGCUCGAGCCAUUCCCUGCUAGGCAGCCCACUCCCUGUGGGCAGCUAGCACCAAGCAGGGCAGCAGACUGCUCUUAGUGUGGGUUCUAGGAAAGGCUGGGCUACCAUGUUGAGGGGAGGGGGUGAACCCUAACAACUCCCUGGUGAGGUGCAUUAAUCCCGGGGUAGAGGUUUGGCUCCCAUUCUGUGUCCAACCCAGCUAGCAGGUUCCCAAAAAAAGCUCCCAGAGGCCAUUAUUGUGGCUGGGGUGAUUCAAAGGGGGAGCGUGAUGGGUUCCCUGGGGUGCUGCAACGUGGUACUGUGGUACCACUAAGCUCUCUGGCUUACUAACCGGGGCUCCCUCUCACAUGGUGAGGCUGUGGCAAGCUGCAAACCCCUCCAGGUCCUGAACUCACCCAGCCAUCCACAGGCAGGGACAUGUCCAGCUGAGUUACAUGACUGCUUCUCCCAGCCAUUUAUGAGCUAACAGCAGAGAGACUCCAGCCAAUUGCCCCCAGAGCUGUACCAUCCUGCCCUGAUCACAAGAUUGACCAGAGUGAGUUUAUAACCCAGUCCACCCCCUCCCUCAACGUGGAGAGGACAUGCACCAGCUUUUGGAUACUAAGUAGAAGUUUCCCCAGCACUUCAAGAAAAUACACAGUUUUAGUUAAAAUAUAAAACACGUUUAUUAAUGCCAGAAAGAUUGAUUUUAAGUGGUUAUAAGUGGUAGGCAGAAAAGGGCAGAGAUGGUUACCAAAGAGAAGAAAAUAAGUGCCCAGUCUAAACUCUAUAAACAGACAGGAUUUGAAACAAGCAAUGUCCUCACCCAACUGCAAGUUCCAGUCCUUAAUGCUCAGACUUCCCUCCUGACGUCUGAACCAGUGUCCUCCGAUGAUCUUCAGCUUCUCGGCAUCCCAGUUGUUUCCAGUGUAGGUGGGGGAGGAGAAAGGCCCCUCAUGCUGCAACUGUUCCUUAUUUUGUACCCUUGGCCCAUGUGCCUGGAAGAUGCCAGCCCUGGUGGGCCCCAAGUCACAGUGACCGAUCAGUUCCCAUUGUGGGGUGCUUGUGUAGUUGAGUCAUACAUUUGAUUAAUGGGUGGUCACUGGUCAACCCCGACCUGGGCAGGGAUCCUUUGCAUGUAACUAGGAAACUUACAGCACGUUUUAGUAACACUCAUACAGCACAUUCGCAUACCUUGAUACACACUAAUGAUACACGUAUUUAAAUAAAACAACUGGUUUCAGCAGCUCUUGACUUUUCAUCUGAUACCUUACAUGGAUGCUUUGUUUGGAUGAUCGCAGCCAUGUAGGAAUGAUGAAUAUGGGGGAUUCAGUGCCGUUCUGAGGUACGGUGUGUCACAGGAAGUGAGGGCAGCUGGUGCAAAGGAUUUUGGGGCGACUCUCCCUGAAGAGACCCAGCCCCCCUUCCCCUACAGGGAUCUAAGGGCAGAAGCAAGCAGCCCAGGGGUGGCCUGGCAGCAAGUGAGCGGGGUCCUGUGGGACGUCUCUCCCCUGCCUCGGCUCCUAGGGAGCAGGUGGCACCCAGAGCCCAAGAACCCGCCUCACCUCCCAUUCUCACGCACGCAGGGGGGAGAUGUCUGGGGGCUGUCAGGUCUGAGGUCUUUUCCUUGUGUAAGCAGCAGCAGCCAUGAGCUAAGAAGCAGAAAUUCACAGCCUCACAUUCCCUCUAAAGUACAUCACA